AUGGCUGCUCCCAGCCAAGAACAGGAGACUGGCUCCUCUGGUCAGGGCUACGGUGUCACAUUGCCAUACCAGGCAGGUGGCUUCCCGAUGCUCUUGCACGACCCGCGCCUGCACAUCCAGGUCUGCAACCUGAUGGAGCUCCAAGCGCCCAAAGAUCUGGAAUGCUUACAGCUCGUGGAUGUGAUCAUGGCAGAUGCGCAGGACCUGGGCAAGAAAAGCCCGGCAAACCAGCGUGAGGCGAAAAAGAGAGGGAAAGGGUCUCGCAACGCGAGACAAGGAGAGGAGUCUGAGGCUGUCGGAGUGGGGGCAGCAUGUGGCACUUUGGGAAUUUGGGCUUUGACCUUCAAGGAGAUCAUGCUGGGGCUCGGCAAGCUCAAUGUAGGAGGGACGUUUUUCUUCCGCUUUGGCUGGCGCGGGCGUGGUGCGCAAGAGGAGAAUUGGUACCGCGAGGCGAUCAUGCGCCUGCUUGGUCUGAUCUUGGUGGUCUUCGACCAGGUCUUUCCAUUCAAGUCGGAGAUGUAUCACCAGGCAGAUCCCUGCUUCUACGUGGUUGCCACUGGCUUCCGUCGCAAAGGCUACGAGGAGGCUUCAUUGGAAACCAGGCUUCAGGAAGCCAUCGUUCGCAUCAUCGCAUGCGAUGCAGUGGACGAUCUUCCGCAGUGCAUAGAGACCUUAGCAGAGUUCUCCACCCCGGAGAACCACCAGCGCAUUGAUGAGCUCCUGGACCGUGUGGGCCGAGUGCGUGCCAUUGGCCUGUCCAGCCGUCACACGGUCGAGGCAGGUGGUAGAGAAAGUCCUGAAGCGCAGCUGAUCAUUAGUCCUGUACCGUAUCAGCUAACCAUGCAAGUGCUGCGCGAGCGCAUGGAGUGCUUCGGCAAGAUCGCCUACCUCCGGCGGAGAUCCCACGCCAUCGGCGUGGGCGCCGACGCCUUGAUCCAGUUUGUGCAGCCCGCUCACGCGAAGAUGGCGCUGGAGGCUGUCAACGACAUGAAGGUGCUUGGUGGGACAGUCAUUGCAAGGUUGGCAAAGGCUGCCUGA